AUGUCAUUAGCAGAUGGAGAAUAUGAAAUAGAUAUAUCAAAUAUAUUAAAUGAGAAGUCAAAUUAUGAUAAUAUUUCAAUUAAAUAUGGUUUUAUUCCUGAUUCAAUGGAUCAGUCUCAACCAUUAAAAUUUUAUCAAAAUAAUCAAAAGUGUAUGUUGAAAGGAUUAUCAAAUUCAAAAACUCCAGUUUUGUUUGAAGGAACUCAACAAAAGACUUUGAAUUCAAAUAAUGAUGAUUAUUAUUUAACUUUUGAUGGGAAUAAUCUCAACCGUAUAGAACUUCGAAAAUUAUCAAGUAUAUUUAGAUUGAACAAGAGUAGAAAUGUAGAAAAAUUAGAAAAAGAAAUACAACAGUUAGAAGUAGAAUAUGAAGAACAAAAACCACAACCACAACCACAACCACAACCACAACCCCAAACUAGAAAGAAAAAAGAGCCAACUCCAACAACAAUAACAAGACCAAAAGUUGAGAAAAAGAAACAAAAUAUCCCAAAUUCAAAAUCUAAAGUUUCUAAAUCUGUAUCUCCAGUUAAACGACAAUCAAUCUCACCAUCUAAAAAAACACCACCACCUCCGAUCAAACUAGAAUUACCAACAACUUCAAUACCUAAAAGACAACAAAAAUCAAUGAAACGUCCGCCAUCAGCUACUCCAACAUUAAAAGAUGAUGAAGUAAUGAUUUCAGAAUCUGAUUUUGAAGACUUGAAUGAAACUACAAAGAAACAAGAAGAAUUUGAUGAUUUUAAAGAUUUGGAAGAUGAAUUAGAACAAGUCUUGGAAACAGAAACCGAUAACCAACAACAAAAAUCAGCAAAUUCAAAUUCAUCAAAUAGGUACUAUGAUUCUACCUCUGAUUCUGAUGCCGGGGAUAGGUUUAAAUUUCAAGGUAUCAAGAUUAAUGAUAAUGGAAGUGGUUCAAAUAAAAAAACUCCUAGUUUUAAUAGUUCUGGAUCUUCUGGUAAACCUAGAAGUUUGAGAGAUUAUAUAGGUGGUCCCAAUAGUAAUAAUGUUGAUGAUGAUAGUUCAUCAGAAGAAGAAUAA